CAGCAAACAGUUUGCCAUCAACUUUGAAAAGCAACUUCAUGUUAUAUGUUCCUCGUCAACAAUGGCUUCACACGUCAUUUGCAAGUACCUUGUGGUCACCUUGGCUCUUCUGCUCGGGGCACAUGGCAGCGUGACACAAAUGGUCGAGUCCCAGACUUCGCCACAGGAAGAAGGGUCAUGCACCUGCUGCCAAGGUCAUCCAGGUACUCCAGGGAUACCUGGAAUCCCUGGUCCAUAUGGCCCGCCGGGACCAGCAGGCCCAAAAGGUGAUACCGGCACAAACUUGCCUGGACUUAAAGGGGCAAAAGGUGACCAAGGACAGAAGGGAGACCAAGGCAAGCAAGGUGUGCGGGGACAACCGGGGGAACAGGGACCUCAAGGUCUCAAGGGUGACUUUGGCUUUGGAGCGAAAGGUGAUCGAGGAUUUCCCGGGGAGCAAGGAGAACAAGGACCUCGAGGCUUCAAAGGUUCUCCUGGACUUACGGGGCAGAAAGGGGACUCUGGGGGACGGACAUUGUCGUCCGUUGUCGCAUUCAGUGCUUCCUUGGGGAUUCGCUUCGAAGGUGACCAAGGUGAUAACAUCGUUUUCAACGAAGUCGAAACGAACGUUGGAGAUGAUUACGAUGCCCAAACGGGUGUCUUUACUUGUUCAGUUUCCGGUGUUUAUUUCUUUACGGUUAGCCUAACGAGUUUGGCGUCUACUACACGACCAUGGGCCGACUUAAAAAAGAAUGGAUACAGAAUCCUUGGUGUCUAUGACAACCAUGCCGGUUACCACCACCAACCCAGCAAUGCAGUUGUUACCGUCCUGGGAGUGGGUGAUAGGGUCUGGCUCGAAUUUCGUAACAAUGGUGCAGGUGUUGAUGGAAAUAAUAAUAAGUUGUCUCAGUUCUCUGGGUUUCUGAUUCAUGAAAUUUCAGGCUCCAAGCAAACAGUUUGCAGUCGACCUCACAUAUGCUUUAGGUCCACAAUGGCUUCACAAGUUGAUUGCAAAUACCUUGUGGUCACCUUGGCAUUUCUAUUCGGGGCGUAUGGCAGUGUGACCCCAAUAGUUGAGUCCCAGACUUCGCCACAGGAAGAAGGGUCAUGCACUUGCUGCCAAGGUCAUCCAGGUACUCCAGGGAUACCUGGAAUCCCUGGUCCAUAUGGCCCCCCAGGACCAGCAGGCCCAAAAGGAGAUACCGGCACAAAUCUUCCUGGACUUAAAGGGGCAAAAGGUGACCAGGGAUAUAAGGGAGACAGAGGCAAACAAGGUGCUCCUGGGUAUCCAGGGGAAUAUGGGCCUCGGGGUCCCAAGGGUGACCUUGGCUUUGGAGCAAAAGGUGAUCCUGGGAUUCCUGGCUUAGAUGGAUCCAGGGGCCAACCAGGAGAACGAGGACCUCGUGGUCCUCAGGGCUUUGCAGGACCUCCGGGACCAAAAGGGGAGCCUGCAUACGUUGGCCCAAAAGGUGACUCCAGCUUUCCCUGGCCUGCGGCUGGACCAAAAGGAGACAUUGGCUUCCCAGGUAAUAAGGGAGACAGGGGUUCUCCAGGUCGUGACGGAUUUCCUGGCUUAAAGGGAGGACCUGGGCCUAGAGGACAGAAAGGACAAAAGGGUGGAAGCGGUCCCAAGGGUGACCCAGGGGAUUCCUCAAUGCAAUCUGCCGUCGCAUUUACCGCUUACCGCACAUUACCGCUUAACGGCAACAAGGGUGAUAUCCUCAUCUUUGACAACAUCAUGAUCAAUUUUGGAGACGGGUACGAUUCGCAAUCAGGCGUGUUCACUUGCUUUGUUCCUGGAGUCUACUUCUUCACAGUCAGCAUUCAACAAGACCAAAAAAGACCUUUUGUGCAGCUGAAAAAGAACGAAGAACUCAUCUUUUCGAUCUUUGAUUCUGACAGCGGAACAAACCACCAGUCCAGCAAUUCUGCAGCCGUUCAUUUGGCUGCAGGUGAUACACUUUGGCUCGAGUUUGGCGGUAAUGAAAGUGGCAUACACAGUAAUUCAGACAAAUAUUCUUUGUUUUCUGGCUUUCUGAUCUCCCGCACCGUUGAUUGCAAGUACCUCGUGGUCACCUUGGCUUUUCUAUUCGGGGCGUAUGGCAGUGUGACCCCAAUAGUUGAGUCCCAGACUUCGCCACAGGAAGAAGGGUCAUGCACCUGCUGCCAAGGUCAUCCAGGUACUCCAGGGAUACCUGGAAUCCCUGGUCCAUAUGGCCCCCCAGGGCCAGCAGGCCCAAAAGGAGAUACCGGCACAAACUUGCCUGGACUUAUAGGGGCGAAAGGUGACCGAGGACAGAAGGGAGACCAAGGCAAGCAAGGUGUGCGGGGACAACCGGGGGAACAGGGACCUCAGGGUCUCAAAGGUGACCUUGGCUUUGGAGUGAAAGGUGAUCCUGGGAUUCCUGGCUCAGAUGGACUCACUGGCCAACCAGGAGAACGGGGACCUCGUGGCCCUAAGGGCUUUGGUGGACCUCCGGGACAAAAAGGGGAGCCUAUAUACGUUGGCCCAAAAGGUGACUUCGUUGGCCCAAAAGGUGACUCAAGCUUUUUUCUGCCUGGACCCAUGGGAAACGUUGGCCUCCCAGGUGAUAAGGGAGAUAGGGGUUCUCCAGGUCGUGACGGAUUUCCUGGCCCAAAGGGAGGACCUGGUCCUAAAGGACAGAAGGGACAAGAAGGUGGAAGAGGUCCAAAGGGUCAUCCGGGGGAUUCCUUAAUGCAAUCUGCCUUCACAUUUACCGCUUACCGCACAUUACCGCUUAACGGCAACAAGGGUGAUAUCCUCAUCUUUGACAGCAUCAUGACCAAUUUUGGAGACGGGUACGAUUCGCAAUCAGGCGUGUUCACUUGCUUUGUUCCUGGAGUCUACUUCUUCACAGUCAGCAUACAACAAGACCAAAAAAGACCUUUUGUGCAGCUGAAAAAGAACGAAGAACUCAUCUUUUCGAUCUUUGAUUCUGACAGCGGAACAAGCCAUCAGUCCAGCAAUUCUGCAGCCGUUCAUUUGGCUGCAGGUGAUACACUUUGGCUCGAGUUUGGCGGUAAUGACAGUGGCAUACACAGUAAUUCAGACAAAUAUUCUUUGUUUUCUGGCUUUCUGAUCUCCCUUUUCAAAGGGUCUCAAGUUUGGUUCAAGCCUACCGUUGUCGUAUUUCUGGUUGCAAUCCGUGGAAACUUUGCUCAACAAAGUGACACUGAAAGUUCUCAAACGCAAUGUCACUGCUGCCAUGAAUGUCUGCAGCGUCCCUGGGGCACACCCGGAAUCCCUGGCGUCCCAGGUAUUCCGGGAAGCAACGGUUUACCAGGACAGAUCGGCCUGAAGGGCGAACCUGGGAUUGGACUCAAGGGAGAUCCUGGCGAAACAGGGCUGGCAGGGGAAACCGGUGAAUCAGGAAUCCAGGGACCGAGAGGUCCAUCAGGGCAACCUGGAGCUGACGGACAGAAGGGAGAGCCAGGAGAGCCCGGCAUCGUUACUCCAAGCCAGACCGUGGCUUUCACCGCACUUUUGUCAUCGCAUAUAAGUGGGUCAAACCGGGAAGGCGAGAUCAUCGUUUUUGAUCACGUAGAGAGCAAUUUCGGAAGCGGAUACGAUUCGCAAACAGGCAAGUUCACCUGCUCAGCCCCCGGUGCUUACUUCUUCACGGUGAGCCUGCUGUCCAAUUCACAACCUUAUGGUCAACUUUGGAAGAAUGGGCACCACAUUUCGUCCAUUCAUCACAGCGAUUCUGGAACUUUUCAACAGUCCAGCAAUUCGGUUGUCCUGGCUUUGGUGAUGGGGGACGAGGUAUACGUAAAGAUUGGUGAUAAUGCCAACAGAGCCAUAUAUGGUGACACCAAAUAUUCUUCAUUUGCCGGCUUCCUAAUCAGUCCAAUGUAGUAAAACUUCCCUAAUCGCUUCCAUUUUCCAGACUUUGUCUUAAUCUGCGUUGGUUUUUAAGUUUGAUUUGAGUCGAUAUGAGUUUGAGUCGUGAUGGAGCGAACCUUUUUUAUUUUAUCGACAACUAGUUGCGCCCAAAAUGAAUCUGACCUCAGAAACUUUGCUGAUCCGACUGAUGAGGCCAACUUUAAA